AUGGCCGCUGCCUCCACCUCCGCGUCUGACGAACAGCUAUCUGCCCAAGACUCAGCUGAUCCCAAGGACCUCCUGGAUGUAUCCCUCCUGAGAGAACUCGCUCGCAGCUCUCUGGUACACGCGUUGAUCUCGGUCAAUGGUGCAAAGACACUAGUUUUGGACCCAACCCUCGCUGGCCCACUAAGUUUAGUCACAGAUGUAACCUUGCUUCAGCAACAUGGGGUCGACAAGAUGUUUUGGCUGGAAUCAGGUCCACUGACGGCCGUUUCGACAAACAUCGUGUACCUAUGUAGGCCUAUGAUUAAAUGGGUGAAAAUUAUCGCUGACCAAAUCAAGCGCCAUGCAAGAGAAUCCAAGAAACAUACAUAUACCUUACUCCUCGUCCCGCGAAAAUCCAUUCUUGUUACACGCGUUCUGGAAGAGGAAGGUGUUUUGGGAGACGUGACAAUAUCGUCGUACAACCUCCAAUUCAUUCCAAUAGCGGAUGAUGUUAUCUCUUUGGAGAAUGAAAAUGUGUUCAAGGAGAUCUGGGUUGAUGGUGAUGAGACGUCUGUAUACGAUUCUUCACAGGCUCUGCACACGCUCCAGAAAUUGUUUGGUCUCUUUCCCCGUAUCGUUGGGAAAGGUGAUAGUGCUGAACGCCUGGCAACGUUGCUGAACCGACAAGCAUCCCAGUCAACUAACACUGGACCAGACGACGCACUCGCUAUUUCAGAUAAAUUUGAUUCAUUGAUUGUCCUUGACCGACGUGUCGACAUGAUAUCACCUCUUUUGACCCAACUUACCUAUGAAGGCCUCAUCGAUGAGGUUAUCGGUAUCAAGAACUCUCAUAUUGAAGUCCCUGUCUCUCUCCUUAACGCCCCAUCCAAUCCCAAUGCGCCUCCCACAUCUCCGUCGACCUCCACUACUCCUGGUCCCUCGCUCGCAAAGGAAAAGAAGAGGAAGUAUCACCUUACAUCGUCUACAGACCCGAUCUUCUCAGAACUCCGGGAUCUUAAUUUUGCUUCCGUUGGCAAGCGAUUGAAUACAGUCGCUCGUAGGCUCGAUGAAGAUUAUAAAGCUCGGCACAAAGCUCAAUCUGUUGCUCAGCUGCGCGACUUUGUAGGCAAGCUUGGCGGCCUGCAAAACGAACAUCAAUCCCUCAGGCUUCAUACCGGUUUGUCCGAGAUCAUCAUGCCGCACACCCGAUCGGAGGUGUUCAAUAAGUCCCUCGAGAUUCAACAAAAUCUCUUGGCCUCGUAUGAUAUUCCAGGACAGAUCACCGCGAUCGAAGAACUACUUGCUCAAGGGGCAGAGUUACAGAUCGUGAUUCGAUUGUUAUGUCUAGCUUCCGUCACCGCCGGCGGGAUCAGAAACAAGACGCUAGAAAACAUCAAGCGUGAAGUCAUGCAGACUUACGGAUACAACCAUCUUCCCCUCCUGCUGUCUCUCGCGUCGCCACCAUUGGCAAUAUUGCUCCCUAAUCCUCUGCCCCCGUCCGCGCCCGCAGCUGUGGCAAAUUCCAAAUAUCCUUUUACAUCCCUGCGGAAAUCACUUCGUCUUCUGAUUGAGGGCACUGAUAGCCUAGAUGAGCUGGAAAACGAUAUCAGCUUCGUGUACUCCGGUUGGGCACCUAUCAGUGUGCGCUUGGUGCAAUGUGUGGCACAGAAGGGCGGCGUUCUGAGUAAUCCUGCCAACAAGCCGAAGGGAGCCGACGGCGAUGAAGAUGGAAAGAAAGGCAAGGCAAACUUCAUCGGGAAGGUGCAGGCACACCCGAUCAUGGGUUGGAAGGGGUUCGAGGAUGUUGUCGCCAGCAUUCCUGGGAAGACAUUUGACAUCACCCAGAAAGGUUCAGGAAGCGCGGAUGUCGCACCUUCUGCCGUCACCGCCCUCCCGAGUCUAGAGCAAUCGACAACCACCGUCGUCUUUUUCCUUGGUGGGUGCACAUAUACUGAGAUUGCCGCGUUACGUUGGGCUAGUCGGCAAAAUAAGGGCCGCAAAUUUUUGAUAGCGACGACUGGGAUUGUGAGCGGGGCGAGUAUGAUCGAGGGGAUCGCAGGCGUCGGGCGCGCCGUGGCGACGUCGAAGGAUGCAGGGCUCUGA